CGCUACCUCCGCCCAGCAGUAGACAAGAGACGGCAGGGAGGUAAGCGACCAUCAAGGGGUUGUAAUUCCUGUUUUUCUGUCCUCGCCCCCAUGGACGAACUGGAUAUAUUGCUGGCUGAACUUGAGCAAACGUCAGUGAGUAGUAGACAAGGCGACCCAGAUCUGCAAACUCCUUCGGAUUAUAGCUUCAUCACAGCAUCCUCUACAAAGUACAAUCCACGGGCACUAGAUGCAACUAGCCCACCACUCUUACAGCCAGUCUACCAGACCCAAAUCGAUGAAGCAGCAAAAGUUGCCGCGAAUGAAACUGACAGAAGUAUUCGGGUUGGCAGCAAGGUACAGGAGAGUCCUCAGGUUACCACAGAAACCCCGCUCCUGAGUCCAAAGACAGCCGCCCAACAGCUCGAUGAUAUCAUGGCCAAUCUGAAUUGUAUUCUCAGUUCAGCCGAGCCAGCAAAGAGUGCGCCAGUUUUCACCAAAGAAGCUGCUCCGCAGGGAGCAGGGGCUAACCUGGACAACAUGCUGGGAGCUUUGGAGUCUGACCUCCACCGACUCGGGGUCAGCACUGAUGCCAAAGGGGUCUGUGGCUCCUGCAAGAAGCCAAUCGUUGGUACGAUUGUCACAGCAUUGGGUUUGACCUGGCACCCGGAGCACUUUGUCUGUGCUCACUGUAACGAGGAGAUCGGUCUGAAAGGUUUUUACGAACGCGACGGCCAGGCGUACUGCGAUAAAGAUUAUCAUGCUCUUUUCUCCCCUCGCUGUGCUUACUGUAGUGGACCUAUUCUCGACAAAGUCCUCACGGCGUUGGAUAAAACCUGGCACCCAGAACACUUUUUCUGUGCUCACUGUGGUGAGAGAUUCGGGAGUGAGGGUUACCAUGAGAAAGGCGGGAAGCCGUACUGCCACAAGGAUUAUUUCAACAUGUUCGCUCCCAAAUGUGGCAGCUGUGAUCACCCGGUUUUGGACAAUUAUCUGUCUGCACUCAAUAGCGUCUGGCACCCAGAAUGCUUUGUUUGCAGGGACUGUCUCACCCCGUUUGCUGGCGCAAGCUUCUUCGAGCUGAAUGGGAUGCCUUACUGUGAGCUGCACUGGCACCAGCGCCAGGGGACACUGUGCAGCGGAUGUCAGAAGCCCAUCAGUGGGCGCUGCAUCGCUGCCCUGGGCCGGAAGUUCCACCCGGAGCACUUCGUCUGUGCAUUCUGCCUCAAACAGCUCAACCUGGGCGGCUUCAAGGAGAAUAAGGACAAGCCUUACUGCGACUCAUGCUUCCACAAGCUUCUCGGCGGAUAUUAGGCACUACCUUCCAAAGUCCCUUCAACUCGUCUAUCGCUCUGCUGCAGGAGCUUCACUCUCCAAUCUGCUCAGAGCCUCCAACAAUAAAGAAAUGCAUGUCACUGCAAACAUUGAUUCCACAGCCAUUCAUCUGCUUGGAGGUCACUAUGAUUCAAUGACAGCCUCUGUUAUGUAAUAAACGUAUUGCUUUCCAUU